GUGCCCCUAGAGUAUUUGUGGUGCUUAAUUUCGUUUGGAAGGGUAAAAGAAAACAUAGAAAUAAGAAACGAGGAGGUGCAUGAAGUCCACGUGCAGGUGUUACAGGAAGUGGCACGUACAUGAUUAGGAGAAUAAAAGUACGUAAGAGGGAGAGGAAGAGAGGGUGUGAAAAGGAAGAGAAAGGAUGGAUCAGGAUCUGAUAUCAGAUAGCAUAGUGGCGCCGAAUCACAGCCCCGUCUUCGGCUACGUCGUGCUUUACGUCAGAGACGUUGCCGCCUCCGUCGCUUUCUACACCAAAGCCUUCGGCUACGCUGUUCGUCGCUUAGACGAAUCUCACAGAUGGGGAGAGUUGGAAACGGGGAACACGACGAUCGCCUUCACGCCGAUGCACCAGCACGAGACCGAUGAUCUGACGGGUGCGGUCCGCAAUCCUGGAUCUAGUAAAGAAAGACCACCCAUCGAGGUCUGUUUUGUUUAUUCCGACGUUGAUGCUGCAUACAAGCGUGCGGUGGAGAAUGGAGCGGUGGCGGUGAGCGAGCCACAGCUAAAGGAGUGGGGGCAGAAGGUUGGGUACGUCAGAGAUAUUGACGGCAACGUCGUCAGAAUGGGAAGCCAUGUCAAGCCACACAAAUAAGGGCAGUUAUAUACAUAUGUACGUAACGUGGAAAGGAAAUGAUGUUUUUACGUUAAUGUUUUGUUUUUAGUUUAGGAAUUAAUAAACUAGAACUAUAACCACUGUGUGAGAUGCGUAUUUACGGUCACUAGAGAAUAAAAUUAUCAACUGCACGCUAUACAAUGAAUCACUUUUUUUUUUU